GUAAGCCUACUUCCGGUUCCUAGGGAUGCACAUCCGGGGCACGCUAACACCGCGGUUUCCGCCACUCUGUUGGUUCCAGAGUGGGUCCGUAGCGGUCCCAUGUUGUGCUGUGGGGCAUCUGCAGCCUUCGGUGUGUGAAGACUGCAGAGACCUGCAAUCCAGUCACAUAAGUGUGUAAAGAGAUAGUGGUCCUCAUGGAAGAAGAGCAAGACCUACCAGAGCAACCGGUGAAGAAAGCCAAGAUGCAGGAACCAGGAGAACAAACUUUAAGCCAAGUAAACAACCCGGAUGUCAGUGAUCAGAAGCCUGAGACAUCCAGCCUUGCGUCAAAUCUUAGCAUGUCAGAGGAAAUUAUGACAUGCACCGAUUACAUCCCUCGCUCAUCCAAUGAUUAUACCUCACAAAUGUAUUCUGCAAAACCUUAUGCACAUAUCCUCUCAGUUCCUGUUUCGGAAACCGCUUACCCUGGGCAGAGUCAGUACCAGACACUGCAGCAGUCUCAACCCUACGCUGUCUAUCCUCAGGCAACCCAAACCUACGGACUACCUCCUUUUGGUGCACUGUGGCCAGGUAUGAAACCUGAAAGUGGUUUAAUUCAGACUCCAUCUCCAAGUCAACACAGUGUUCUUACCUGCACUACAGGGUUAACCACAAGCCAGCCAAGCCCAGCACAUUAUUCUUACCCCAUUCAAGCUUCAAGCACAAAUGCCAGCCUGAUAUCCUCGUCAUCCGCAAUUGCCAAUAUUCCAGCAGCAGCUGUGGCCAGCAUCUCAAACCAGGACUAUCCCACCUAUACUAUUCUUGGACAGAAUCAGUACCAGUCCUGCUACCCCAGCUCCAGCUUUGGAGUCACAGGCCAGACUAACAGUGAUGCUGAGAAUACCGUAUUAGCAGCUACCACAUACCAGACCGAGAAGCCUAGUGCUGUGCUACCUGCACCAGCCACACAGAGACUUCCCUCUGACUCAUCUACAAGCCCAUCUUUGUCCCAGACUACACCAAAUAAAGAUGCCGAUGAUCAGUCCAGGAAGAAUAUGACUGUCAAGAACCGGGGCAAGAGGAAAGCUGAUGCCGGUUCCUCCCAGGACAGCGAAUUAGAACGGGUAUUUCUCUGGGACUUGGAUGAAACCAUCAUCAUAUUUCAUUCCCUUCUUACUGGAUCCUAUGCUCAGAAGUAUGGAAAGGACCCAACAGUAGUAAUUGGCUCAGGGUUAACAAUGGAAGAAAUGAUUUUUGAAGUGGCUGAUACACAUCUGUUUUUCAAUGACUUAGAGGAGUGUGACCAGGUGCAUGUGGAAGAUGUGGCUUCUGAUGACAAUGGCCAGGAUUUGAGCAACUAUAGUUUCUCAACAGAUGGUUUCAGUGGUUCAGGAGGCAGUGGUGGCCACGGUUCAUCGGUGGGCGUUCAGGGAGGUGUGGACUGGAUGAGGAAGCUGGCCUUCCGCUAUCGAAAAGUGAGAGAAAUCUAUGACAAGCAUAAAAGCAAUGUGGGUGGCCUCCUCAGCCCCCAGAGGAAGGAAGCCCUGCAGAGACUGCGAGCCGAGAUCGAGGUGCUCACGGACUCCUGGUUAGGAACUGCACUCAAGUCCCUGCUCCUCAUCCAGUCUCGAAAGAAUUGUGUGAAUGUUCUGAUCACUACCACACAGCUGGUUCCGGCCCUGGCCAAAGUUCUCCUAUACGGACUAGGAGAAAUAUUUCCUAUUGAGAACAUCUACAGUGCUACCAAAAUCGGUAAGGAGAGCUGCUUUGAGAGAAUUGUGUCAAGGUUUGGAAAGAAAGUCACGUAUGUAGUGAUUGGAGAUGGACGAGAUGAAGAAAUUGCAGCCAAGCAGCACAACAUGCCCUUCUGGAGGAUCACAAACCAUGGAGACCUGGUGUCCCUGCACCAAGCUUUAGAGCUUGACUUCCUCUAAGAACUGGAACGUGGAGCUUUCCUUCCUUGUGAGCUUCUUUUUACCUCCGACAGGAGUCAGAGGCCAGAACCCUCUGAGACCCUUCUCUGUAUGUCUGUCUGUCUGUCUCUCUGUGUCUCAGCGCCCCCUCCCCUUCUCCUGUGCUCUUUCUCUCUCUCCGUGGAAUGCUGGCGAGAACACAAUCAGUUUUUGCUAAGAGUGAGCGAAGCCCCGUCCAUAGUACAGCAGGAGGCGGCUGGAAAGAACAGCAGACUUCCCCCGCUACCGUGCUUGAAUUCUUCCUUUCAAAAAGGAAGAUCGAGAAGAGGCAACGCGUGGGGCACAGUUGCACUCUUGGUGCAUGGACAGACCGGGAGCUGCUCAUGCUGACGGAAAAUGCGUUUGUCCCAUGAGAACAUCUCCUGUAAUCUUAGCUGUAGAACUCUCUCCCAGUGAAUGGGUAUGUUAUUUUUGUAGGUGAGGGUCUGGUCUCUGAAGCACCCCUCCUUUUUUAUGAAGAAAGCGGUGUGUAAAGUUUCUGUGACAGUAGUAAUGGAAAUAUCUGAAAUACCUCUCUGUGACAGCAGCACCUCUUUAGUGGCCCCAGCACUCUGCUCUCCCAGGAGGCCCCUUGCUGUUUCAGGGCCCUGGUCACUUACUAACUUAGGCGUCUCCCAUCUUGUAAGCCUCAGUCUCCUUGCCAGUCCUUCUUCCUCUGUAACCAGAAGUCACAACCCUGGAACCUUCUUCCCACAGACAAUACAUCUAAGCCUUUAGCUUAUAAUUUAGAGGCUCUGUCCCAGGAGGCUCAGCCUCCAAGUUGGAGAGAAGGGACUCGGGCUUCUUAGGAAUUUUAUCCUUGGCUCCUGAGGUAAGAUUCUACCUAGUGCUCCUCCAGAGCAGCACCUGUUCUCAGCAGAUGCUCGCUCUGCUCCGUGGCCAGCUCAGUCAUCGGGUGCUGGCUUCACACUCCCUGCCCUCUGUUUCUCAAAUCCACCUCUCUCUGUGCAGCUCUGGCCAGCCCCUGCCCACUCAAUUCAAGUCAGAAAGUCCUAAAAGCUAAAAAGUCUGCUUCCUUUGCCUGCACUUACAUGCAGUUAUAUCUCAACUUGUAUUUACCCAGAUCUAUGCCUGGGAGUGGAAAGCAGAUAGCUAUAAUCAAAACCCAAUUUCCCAGCUGAAGUGGGAAACCAGGCCAGAACGACUCUCUUGACUUAAAUGCCUGAAAAUAUAAUCCUGAGCUAGGUGCAAGAGCACCUCUCAGCCUGCCCCCUAGAUGGCUUGGAUGGGAACCUGGGCCUAGUCCCAGCCUUCAAGCCCAGCUGGUUUUUGUAUUUUUGUUUUGUUUUGCUUAAAGGCACUAUCCCUUGAGGACCAAUGUGGGUACCUGCUUAAUUGGGGUAAACUUUCCUAGAGUUGAGGAAAUGUACAGCCUUGGUCCUCAAGAGGUCCUUGACCAACCCCUGGCUACAGUCACUGUCCCCAGAGAUGCUGUAGCACAGAGCCAGGCUCCUCUUAAUGCCAGGCUACUGGACAGCAACAGAAGAGCCGGCAUACCAUCUUCAGAACUGUUAGCAAUGCUCCUGAGACCAGCAGUUGAGGAAGGGGCUCAGACAGGAGGUGGGGUUGGUGCUCCAUCUUGGCCACUCAUUUGGCUUGUUUUGAGAUAGGAGGUGGGAACAAAGUUGGAGUCUAAGCCAGUCUUCCCUAGGCUACAUUCACACUAUCCCAACACUACCCAGCCUUGUUUCAUGGUCUGUCCCAGAAAACUAAAGGGUAAGUUUUUACUUUCAAACCUCAAACCUUUCCCUCAUUGCCAGUGUAGUUUCCUGUCCUACUGCCUGCUCCAGAACUUAGGUGUCAGAGCUAGUAUCCCAAGAGACUUGGCCAGCUUGUCUGCGGUUCACACAACAGGGGCCACCUAUUGGUCUUCAGGCUUUUAAGACUGCCAAGUGGUAGCACACACCUCUCUGCACACAGGUAACACCACAAACACUUCAGGGGAAGACUCUUUAUUCUUAGAAUGUAACCUGGAAUCCUUUUCCUCUUGCCCUGCCUGCCCAAUUUAGCUCUUUACAACAGGAUUUUGGACUUGGCUAAGAGAGGCAAGGAGAUAUUCUGAGCUGAAGAGCCUCUGCUCUGGCAGAAGCCACCCUGUCAGAGGGCAGACAGGAAGCAAGAGUGUGUUGGUGUGUCCACCAAAAGGAGCAUCCAGGGACUGCUGCCCUUUGUCCCACAAAGGCCUGGGAAGGAAAAUGAACUGGCAGCAGUACGAGAAAGAUGGCUCCUUGGUUACUAGCAUCGGCUGUUGAUGCAGAGUUCCAGGGUGUGAGCACCCACAGGGCUGCUCACAACCAUCUGUAACUAUGGUUCCAGAGGAUCUGAUCCCCUCUUCUGGCCUCUUCAGGCACCAAGCACUUAUAUACACGCAAGAAAAAAACUCAUAACCUAAAAUAAAAUGUCUUUAAGAAAUUAAAAGCUGUUGGAAUUGGACCUGAAAGAAACUGGGUCCUUUCAUCAAAAGAGGCAGUCUUUACUGGAAAGAGCACCCUGAAGUGAUUAGCUGGUAAAUCCUUUCCCUGAUGGAUCCAGUGUUUUCAAGGGUUAGUCUGGACAUCUCAUGGUGUGGGCUAAUUCUAGGAGUGUCUGUGGAGUUGCAGGAAUGUUCCGGGAUAAGAGGUGACUUUCGAAUGUAAAACUGACUGUGCCUUAGCAUCACCAUGUCCAGUGCCCUUGGGGCAGCUGGUGAUGUCCAGGAGAGUGGAUACCUGCUCCAGAACUUAGGUGCCUGUUUGGGCUGUUGAUUUGGGGGUGGUCUGCCUUCUCUACAAGUUGGGUGUCAGAGCUAGUAUCCCAAGAGACUUGGCACAGCUUGUCUGCGGUUCACACAAACUCAACCCUUACAGCUCCAAGUAGACUCUAACUGGCAUACUGCAGCUUGCAAGCAUGUGGCACUUCUAGACACUACUUUGAAUGGGAGUCACACAUUGACAAGAGCACCAGGCAAAGCAUGGUGCUGUCCUCCUGGAGAGUACAGGCUAGCCCCUCAGAGGCAAGCUUGGGCUCUCCUUCCUUAUUCCUCCCCAGGGUGCAGCUGAGACCCUUCUUGAGUAAGCUUAUGUUCCUUGCUGCUAACCUGGUCUCCAUCUUAAAGAAGCUACAACUAUCCAGACAGAUUCAUUGUAGAUGCCAAGUUGGAAUUCUGAGCUCAGAUACCUUAACUACAAGAGGCAAAAAUCUGCUUGUGUCCCAGCCCUGUCCGCAGGCCACCCGUCCCCCCUCUCCCCCGAGUCAGCUCUAGCAGGCAAGGCUCCCUGGAUGCCUCCUAGCACACUGAGCGGAGCUAUCCACUAAGGACCAUUUCUACUUGGAUCACCACUCUCCCUCUGGACUUCAGAUGCCCUCUUUAGCAGGAAAAGGCAUCAGUUGGGUUGGAUGUAUUUAUGUGACUGCGGGCAUUUGUGGCUAUAGAGUCCUUGACCAUAAUGUUAUACGUAAUGGGAACUAUCUUAUAAACUUGAAAAAAAUAAAAUUUUUAUUUUCUA